CUCCGGCUGCUGCGGCGCCAGCGCCGCAGGAUGGACAGGGUGGGCGUGCGGCAGCCGACGGUGGAGGUGCGGUGGCGGGGCGUGCGCGUGGAGGCCGAGUGCCAGCUCGUCCGCGGCAAGCCGCUCCCCACGCUCCUCAACUCCGCCGUCUCCUGCCUCUCUCUGCUCACCACCAUGCUGGGGCUCAACCGUGGCCAAGAAAGGACCCACAUGCUCAAAGAUGUGACCGGCGUCCUACAACCUUCCAGGAUGACCCUUCUCCUUGGACCCCCGGGCUGUGGCAAAACCACCCUCUUGCUGGCACUUGCUGGAAAGCUCAACAGAAAUCUCAAGGUGUCAGGAAGAAUUGAAUACAAUGGUGUCAAGCUGCAAGAUUUUGUUCGAGAGAAGACGGCAGCUUACAUUGGCCAGUAUGAUCUUCAUGUCCCUGAGAUGACCGUCAGGGAGACGCUCGACUUCUCUGCGAGAUUUCAGGGCGUUGGCAGCAGAGCAGAAAUCAUGAAGGAGGUCAUUAGAAGGGAGAAGGAGGCCGGGAUCACCCCUGACCCCGACAUAGAUACUUACAUGAAGGCAAUAUGUGUGGAAGGUUUGGAAAGAAGCAUGCAAACAGACUACAUUAUGAAGAUAAUGGGACUUGACACAUGUGCUGAUGUACUAGUCGGAGAUGCCAUGAGAAGAGGUAUUUCUGGCGGUGAGAAGAAAAGACUAACCACAGGAGAGAUGAUAGUAGGACCAUCAAAAGUGCUCUUCAUGGAUGAAAUAUCAACUGGGCUGGACAGUUCUACCACCUUCCAAGUUGUUUCUUGCCUCCAACAACUAGCUCAUAUAUCAGAGUUUACCAUACUCGUCUCACUCCUUCAACCAGCACCAGAGACCUACGACCUUUUUGACGAUAUUAUCUUGAUGGCUGAAGGACAAAUCGUAUACCAUGGCCCUAAGAACUGCAUUAUGAGUUUCUUUGAAUCAUGUGGCUUUAAGUGUCCCGAAAGAAAAGGAAGCGCCGACUUCCUUCAAGAGGUCUUGUCAAGAAAAGAUCAACAACAGUACUGGAGCCACACUGAAGAAAGAUAUAAUUUUGUUACAGUUGACCAAUUCUGUGAUAAGUUCAAAGCAUCUCAAAGUGGUCGGAAUCUUGCCGAGGAGCUUUCAAAGCCGUAUGACAAAUCAAAAGGACAUAAAAAUGCCCUGUCCUUCAGUAUCUACUCAUUAUCCAAGUGGGAUCUCCUCAAGGCAUGUUUUGCACGCGAGCUACUUCUUAUGAAGAGGAAUGCCUUCAUCCACAUAACAAAAGCCGCCCAGCUUGGGCUAUUUGGUCUUAUUACUGGGACGGUAUUUCUGCGGACACGUAUGGGUGUUGACAGAACUCAUGCUAACUAUUAUAUGGGUUCACUCUUCUAUGCACUCCUGCUGCUGAUAGUGAAUGGAUUCCCUGACCUGGCCAUGGCAAUCGAAAGACUGCCGGUCUUCUACAAACAUAGAGACAACUACUUCUAUCCUGCAUGGGCUUAUGCAAUACCAUCUUUUAUCCUAAAGAUUCCAUUCUCUUUAGUUGGAUCGGUAGCUUUGACAUCGAUAUCCUACUACUUGAUUGGCUAUACCCCAGAAGCAUCCAGGUUUUUCUAUCAGCUCCUCAUCCUCUUCCUGAUGCACACAGUAACAUUAUCAAUGUUCCAUUGUGUUGCCACAUACUGUCAAACAAUGGUGGCUGGUUCUGUUGGUGGUACUCUGGCAUUUCUAUUCACCCUUUUAUUUGGGGGUUUCUUAAUUCCUCGCUCAUUUCUGCCUAAUGGGCUAAAAUGGGUAUUUUGGGUAUCUCCAUUGUCUUACGCGGAGAUAGGCUUGACUGGAAAUGAGUUUUUGGCACCCAGAUGGUCAGAGAUCACUAUAUCUGGCGUAACACUCGGAAGGAGGAUACUAAUGGAUCAAGGUCUAGACUUCUCCAGCUACUUCUACUGGAUCUCAGUUGGAGCAUUGAUUGGGUUUACUUUGUUGUUCAAUGUAGGCUUUGCCAUUGGCUUGACCGUUAAAAACCGGAGGAUGGUAUUGUCUUUCACACCCCUUGCAAUAUCUUUCCAAGAUGUCAACUACUACGUAGACACCCCCGCGGAAAUGAGGGAGCAUGGUUUCAUGGAAAGAAAACUGCAACUACUCCAUAAUAUCACAGGAGCAUUUCAGCCGGGGGUUCUAUUGGCACUCAUGGGGGUUACUGGAGCGGGGAAAACAACACUCCUUGAUGUUCUUGCUGGAAGGAAAACAGGAGGUGUUAUUGAAGGGGAAAUAAGAAUAGGGGGUUAUCCUAAAAUUCAGGAAACUUUUGCUAGGAUAUCAGGCUACUGUGAACAGACUGAUGUUCAUUCCCCACAAAUCACAGUAGGUGAAUCAGUUGCAUAUUCCGCUUGGUUGCGCCUUCCACCAGAAACUGAUUCAAAAGCAAGAAAUGAAUUUGUCAAUGAAGUUCUUGAAAAAAUUGAGUUGGAUGAAAUAAGAGAUUCUUUGGUUGGAAUACCAGGGGUAAAUGGAUUGUCGACAGAGCAACGUAAACGGCUCACUAUAGCAGUCGAGCUUGUGUCUAACCCUUCAAUCAUAUUCAUGGAUGAGCCAACAUCAGGCUUGGAUGCAAGGGCAGCUGCUAUUGUCAUGCGUGCAGUCAAGAAUGUUGCAGACACGGGUCGAACAGUCGUGUGCACCAUUCACCAACCAAGUAUCGAUAUAUUUGAGGCAUUUGAUGAGUUGAUGCUCAUGAGAAGAGGUGGAGAGUUGAUCUAUGAUGGGCCAGUUGGACACCAUUCUUGUGAGGUCAUCCAAUAUUUCCAGGCAAUACAUGGGAUACCUAGGAUCAAGGACAACUACAACCCAUCAACAUGGAUGCUAGAAGUUACUUCUACAUCUAUGGAAGCUCAAGUGGGAGUAGAUUUUGUACAAAUGUAUAGGGCAUCGUCAAUGUGCAAGGACAAAGACAUGUUGGUAAAGCGCUUGAGCGUACCAGUUCCAGGCACGAGUGACCUCCAUUUCGCGACAAAAUUUCCACAGAAGUUUCGGGAGCAAUUCAAAGCAUGUCUCUGGAAGCAGUACUUGUCGUAUUGGAGAAGCCCUUCCUACAACCUGGUGCGACUGGCGUCCAUGUUAGGCUUCUGCAUUUUCUUCGGCGCAUUGUUUUGGCAGCGAGGCAACAUCAACCACAUAAACGACCAGCGAGGCCUCUUCACCAUAUUGGGGUGCAUGUAUGGAAUCACUCUGUUCACCGGCACCAACAUUUGUCAGGCAGUGAUGCCAUUUGUCUCCAUCGAGCGCUCCGUUGUUUACAGGGAGAGGUUUGCAGGGAUGUACUCUCCUUGGGCCUACUCUUUUGCACAGGUUGCCAUGGAGAUACCUUAUGUGCUGGUUCAAGUAGUGAUGUUCAUGUUGAUAGCAUAUCCGAUGAUCGGGUACGCGUGGACAGCAGCGAAAUUCUUCUGGUUCAUGUACACCAUGUCGUGCACGCUGCUCUACUUCGUCUACUUGGGAAUGAUGAUUGUGUCGCUCACCCCUAACAUCCAACUUGCAUUCAUACUUACAUCUGUGUGCCACGGCCUGCAAAACCUCAUCUCCGGCUUCCUCGUGCCUGCUCCGCAAAUACCGAAAUGGUGGAUAUGGCUCUACUACGUCUCCCCAAUGUCAUGGUCGCUCAAUAUCUUCUUCACCACACAGUUCGGGGAUUACAACGACAGGAUGAUAGUCGUGUUUGGAGAGACCAAAUCCGUCGCAACAUUCGUGAAGGACUACUAUGGUUUUCAACGCGAUCUGCUGCCACUGGCAGCCGUGGUUCUGGCGGCGUUCCCCAUAGUUUUUGCUGUCCUCUUCAGUUACAACAUCUCAAAGCUCAAUUUCCAAAGGCGAUAA